AUGCGUGUUUCGGAUCUCCUCAAAGGCCUCUUGGCCAUCACCACUUUCGCCGCCUCCGCAAGCGCUGCACCGUCGACCGAGGCCUCAAAGCGCACUAGCGGUAACACUACCGUCGAGAGAUUUCCGCAUAUGUACGCAUUCAGCGAACUGGCGCCUGGUAGCGGAUCUUUCGAGCAGCCUUACUUUCGAUUCCUCAUCCUCUUCCGAAUGAAGCCCAAUGCGACGGAGGAAGAGGUCAACGAGCAUUGGAAGACUGUCCAUGCUGACCUCACCAUGACCCUUGACGACUUCCAUCAGCUGAAGAAACAUCGCGAGAUGAUCAAGCCGCUGUUGGAUAUGGGCGGUAUGGCCAUCGCGCCGUACGACGGUAUCGCCGAGUUUCACGCGAAGAAUUACGCCUCGUUUGAAAGGUUCCUAAUGGACGCGUUCAACGAUCCUGCCAACACUGCCGACCAUCAGCACUUUGUCGAUUCUUCCGUGCCUCUUCAAGUCAUGGCGGGCUACGACAACCUAAUUUUCGGAGGCGCAGUUAAGACCUCGGGUGGAGUGAACGGGAUCCUUCCUCUCGAUGAGCGUCUCCGCGGCCAGAAGCAGGGAUGA